GGUCAAUCCUGCUGUUGCCUUAGUGAUUGAAGCAAUGUGCACUAACUGUGUGUCUGAAGAGGGUGUGCUUUACAACUGGAAGUUGUAUAAGGAGAAACUGGGGGGCACAUUUGAGGAAGUAACAGAUGUGUUGGGAAACGAUUCUUCUCGUCUGAAUACUAAAGGUGUUACAAUCCCGGCAGGGGGAUUGGAAGAAGGAGGAGUAUACCAAAUGAAGAGUAUAAUAUCUAAAGAAGGGGAAUUGGAUGGAUUCAAUACGCACACUAUUAUUUCAACUUUCCUUCCUUGGGGAGGGAGGUGUUCAGUUGAACCUUUAGAAGGUACUGCUCUCCAGACUGUAUUCAAGUUGAGCUGUUUUGAUUGGAUGGAUGAGGGUGG